AUGCUAAGUGCAAUUUCCAAAGUCUCCACUUUAAAAUCAUGUACAAGAUAUUUAACCAAAUGCAACUAUCAUGCAUCAGCUAAAUUACUUGCUGUAAAGACAUUUUCAAUGCCUGCAAUGUCUCCUACUAUGGAGAAAGGGGGGAUUGUGUCUUGGAAAUAUAAAGUUGGCGAACCAUUCAGCGCGGGCGAUGUGAUAUUAGAAGUGGAAACAGAUAAAUCUCAAAUUGAUGUGGAAGCACUGGACGAUGGUAAACUAGCUAAGAUCCUGAAAGAUGAAGGCUCUAAAGAUGUUGAUGUUGGUGAACCUAUUGCUUAUAUUGCUGAUGUUGAUGAUGAUUUAGCUACUAUAAAGUUACCCCAAGAGGCCAACACCGCAAAUGCGAAAUCUAUUGAAAUUAAGAAGCCAUCCGCAGAUAGUACUGAAGCAACACAACAACAUUUAAAAAAAGCCACAGUUACACCAAUAAAAACCGUUGACGGCAGCCAAGCCAAUCUUGAACAGACGCUAUUACCAUCCGUGUCAUUACUACUGGCUGAGAACAAUAUAUCCAAACAAAAGGCUUUGAAGGAAAUUGCGCCAUCUGGUUCCAACGGUAGACUAUUAAAGGGUGAUGUGCUAGCAUACCUAGGGAAAAUACCACAAGAUUCGGUUAACAAGGUAACAGAAUUUAUCAAGAAGAACGAACGUCUCGAUUUAUCGAACAUUAAACCUAUACAGCUCAAACCAAAAAUAGCCGAGCAAGCUCAAACAAAAGCUGCCGACAAGCCAAAGAUUACUCCUGUAGAAUUUGAAGAGCAAUUAGUGUUCCAUGCUCCCGCCUCUAUUCCGUUUGACAAACUGAGUGAAUCAUUGAACUCUUUCAUGAAAGAAGCUUACCAGUUCUCACACGGAACACCACUAAUGGACACAAAUUCGAAAUACUUUGACCCUAUUUUCGAGGACCUUGUCACCUUGAGCCCAAGAGAGCCAAGAUUUAAAUUUUCCUAUGACUUGAUGCAAAUUCCCAAAGCUAAUAACAUGCAAGACACGUACGGUCAAGAAGACAUAUUUGACCUCUUAACAGGUUCAGACGCGACUGCCUCAUCAGUAAGACCCGUUGAAAAGAACUUACCUGAAAAAAACGAAUAUAUACUAGCGUUGAAUGUUAGCGUCAACAACAAGAAGUUUAAUGACGCGGAGGCCAAGGCAAAAAGAUUCCUUGAUUACGUAAGGGAGUUAGAAUCAUUUUGA